CCCUCAACCCCACCCUCAACUUAUCCCCACCCCUCACCCUCCCUCACACCCUCAUCCUCACCCUCACCCCAUCCCCCUCAACCCACCCUCAACUCACCUCCACCCAUCUCUCCCCCCCAUCUCCCACACCCUCGCCACCCAUCUCUCCCCCUAUCACCGCACCUAUCCAUCCCUUCCCUCAUCCCAUCUAUCCCCUCGCCCAACAGCCCCACCCCCUCAUCCCCACCUCUCCUCACCCCCACCUUCACUCUCUCCCCAACCCCACCCAUCUCUCCCCCUCCUCCCCACUCCCACCCUCCCCUCACCCCACCACUCUCAUCCCACCCUCACCCAUCCACCAAUUCCCUCUACAUCCAGCCACCACCACUCAUCAGCCCCCCCACCCGCACCUAUCGCUCCCACCCCAUCUAUCUCCUCCUCACCUCUCUGCUCCUUUCAUACCUCUAGCUAUCUCUCAUUCCACUUCUCCCCACCUCCCUAUCCCCACCUAGCCAACCCUCACCAGCUCACCUCACCUCCACACUUCCAGCCAUCCCUACCACCUCUCCCCUCCUCUCAUUACCAAACUCCCCCACCCCUCCCCAUCCCAGCAUCAGUCAAAGGAGCCGCCUGCCAGCCUUCAGUCACCCACAGCUGGAGUGGAUCGAAAUGUCAUAAAAGAGCGAUGGCAAGUGUACGAGGAGCAUUGAGAAUGAUGGAUGGAGUAACCUUGGGCGAAAUCACGGUGAAAAAGGAACCUCUUUGUGAUCCAGUGGGAGAGAGGAGCACCGCAGGAAAAGAUUUGGAUGGAUGGAUUACAAACGUUUCCAGAGCCCAUGGGGUGAAGCAGGAAUGUGGGCAAGCCCUGGGAGUGGAGGAGGCAGCGGCGCGUGCUGAUGUGAUCAUGUCCAAAGCCUGCUUACUGUCAGGGGUACGUCCGCUGGAUCUUAACCCAGGCCUGAAGCACACCUUGGCACAGUUCCAUCUGAGCAGUCAGAGCUCCCUCGGAGGGCCAGCAGCAUUUUCAGCGCGUUGUUCCCAAGAAUGUACGUCCCCAGGAGUGCUUGUGCCCAUGCGGUCGCCUCCUGCACUGGCUGGCCCGCUGCUUAUACCCUCGGACAGCUCGACUGAACUCACACACACCUUACUGGAGAGAGAGACCAUUUCAUGCUUCAUGGUCGGCGGAGAGAAAAGGUUAUGUCUGCCCCAGGUCUUAAAUUCAGUGCUUCGAGAUUUCUCUCUGCAACAGAUCAAUGCUGUCUGUGAUGAAUUGUACAUUUAUUGUUCAAGGUGUACGGCAGAACAACUACAGAUUCUCAAGGUGCUGGGUAUCUUGCCUUUUAACGCUCCGUCAUGCGGACUUAUAACCCAGACUGAUGCUCAAAGGUUGUGCAAUGCUCUGGUUCACCCUGGUAUCCUACCCCCUGAUGCCAACAGACUCUCUGGCAAAGCAUGCCUUUCCCAGUUACAGAAUGGUGAUUCCAGCUUUGAAGUGGAGCACUGGUGUCUUGGGAAAUGCCAAGGUUUAUACGUGCCACAGUUUUACAACCAUCCCGAUGCUGCCUGUAUCCAGUGUCUGGACUGCCACAUGAUGUUUUCUCCGCAGAAGUUUGUGCUCCAUUCUCACAGGUUGCCAGACAAGAGAACCUGCCACUGGGGCUUUGAUUCGGCCAAAUGGCGCUGCUAUAUGCAGUUGAGCCGUAGAUAUGCAGAGACCUCUGAUGAAACAUUUUUAAAACCGUACCUUGAAGAAAUGAAAGAGCGUUUCAAUUUCAGCAACCAGCGAAAAAGGCCCCUUCCAAAGCAGUCUGCCUCAGAAGAACUUCAGCCGAAGAGGGCACAUUUAGAGCACGCUGGUUCUCAAGAUGAAGUGCCUGAGAAAGGCCUGGACAGAAAGAAUGAAUCUCAGCACGCUAUGACAUUCCAGCACUGGUGUCCAGUCAUCAAACAAGAGGUGGAUUAUCCAAGUCAACAACAUCCUUCAGUGAUACAUCCAAGCUGUCUUUUAUAUAUGUACGAUAAGGUGAUAGCUCCAAAUGUUUCAUUGGCUCCACCUUUGCAACGAUGUAGAGAUGCCACUAAGUCGGUGAAUAAGGAAUACACAAUGGACAUCUCAACAACUUUGGACGAGGGGAUGAAACAUCAGAAGGAAAAUGUGGACAAGAAGCUGAUUUCCUAUUUUGUGUCAUCUCCAGAGGAGGAAGGAAGCAACACGUCACUUGCAGAUUCCUACAGUCCACGUUACCGAGCUUCAGCGUCUUCCAUUACAGAUCAAGAAUAUAUCAAAUCUGAACGUGUCAGCCAUAGAAAUAAAGAGAGAAUUCCCAAGGAUCGAAAUAGCAAUUCCUCAAGGAUUGAUAAAGAGACUCGUAAUUCUUCUCAGCACAUUGGAAUGAGCACAGAAGAGAAUGAGAAAAUAGUGGAACAAAUCAUGAAAACGUACUGUGAACAGCAGGAGAAAUUGAACACCACAAUUCACCAGAAGAAGCAUUUGCAAAUGGAAGUGGAGUUAUUGCAAGUCACAAAGAGGAUGAAACUCAAAGAAUUGACUGAGGAGAAGCUUGAGCUGCAGCAAGAGCUGGAUUCUCUACAAUCUGCCCAUGCCCAGAGAAUGAGUGCAGUUCACGAUGAACAGGCAGACGUAGAGUGGCAGCUGGAGCAGCUGAAGCAAGGCUGUUUGUGUGACCGCACAACAGAAAAGGGCCAAGAGGCUGAGUACACUGCACAGUUAGCCGAAUUGCGACAAAGGCUGGACCGAGCUGAGGCGGAUCGCCGAGAACUUCAAGAGGAGCUGAGGUGUGAGCGUGAAGCCCGAGAAAAACUGGAAGCCAUGGUAAAGGAACUGAAGCUUCAGAUCUUCGAAACCUCCAGAAAUAAAGCUGGCACUGUGCUGAGGUCUGUAGCGGAUUGAUGAGAACAAAGUCUCCUCUGAAGCACCAGCUGUUUGAAGCAAAGUAAUUUUAUAGAAUUGCUUUUGAGGAAGAGUGGUGAAUUAACGUCUUGCAACCUACACUGGAAGAAAUCUGUGCAACUGAAUAAUUGUUGUUCUGGAGAGACUGGAGUUAAUUGUAAUUCAUCCAGUUUGGAACAAAAAUCUAGAAAGCAAAGUUUAAACAAAUUAAGUUUUGUACAUAAAUAUAUAUAUAUAUAUAUAUAUAUAUAUAUAUAUAAUGCAUAGGUAAAAUAUCUACAUUAUAAAAUGGCUAGGCAUGGGAGAUAUGUUAUUUGAUAACCUUUGGAAAUUUAUAUGCAUGUAGAGCCAGCCACGCAUUAGAAUCUGUUCUUGUGCUCUUUCCCAUUGCCUUUAUAAAUGGCUUUUGUUAAAAUCA